AUGGAUAACAUGUCUUAUCCUGUAAUACUGACUCUUAUGGUGCCCAAAGUAUCUAAGUCAUAUAGGCAUAUCUAUUUCACUUGUUUUCUUUUCCUUUAUCUGCUUAUCUUGUCAAUUAAUAUCCGUCUUGUUAUGGUCAUUAUAAUGACGAAAGUACUUCAUGAACCAAUGUACAUUUUCUUGUCUCAUUUGUGUGUAAAUGGGGUUUAUGGAGCCUCGGGAUUCUACCCUAAAUUUCUGUCUGAUUUAAUAUUGGAUUCAUAUGUGAUCUCCUCUCACAUGUGUGCUCUGCAAUCCUUUGUUAUUUACAGCUCUUUACUGUGUGAGUUUACAAUAUUAACAGUGAUGUCUUAUGAUAGAUAUGUAGCCAUAUGCAAACCUUUAGACUAUCAUUCCAAGUUAACUAAAUUCACCUGUGUGAAAUUAAUUCUGUUUUCAUGGAUAGUUCCCAACUUCUCUGUAAUUCCAGCAAUGCUGUUAUCAAAUCUGAGGCCAUUUUGUAAGUAUCACAUUGAUAAAUUAUAUUGUGACAAUUGGUCAAUUGUAAAACUUUCUUGUACAUCAUCUUUUGUGAAUAAUGUCUAUGGAUAUAUUGUUGCAAUUAUAUUUCUUAGCUGUGCAGUUGUUAUCAUAGUGUCCUAUGUUAGGUUGAUCUCUGCAUGUAAAGCAUCUUUAGAAAACAGAAGGAAAUUCUGGCAAACGUGUCUGCCACACAUAUUAUCGCUGAUAAAUUUCACCUUUGCUUUGCUUUUUGAUGUUAUUUAUAGCAGGUAUGGAUCAAAUGACAUUCCUGAGAGUUUGCAUAUUUUUUUGGCUUUAGAAUUAGUUAUAGUCCCACCUGUUUUUAAUCCCCUAAUCUAUGGAUUAAAUAUUAGAGCAGUGCGCAGAGUUUUUGUUUCAUGUAUUUCAGUGUAA